AUGCUGCCCUAAGGAGAUGAGGAGAUGGAAGCGAAUUGUUCCAGCAGCUCAGCCUGCCCUGCCAACAGUUCAGAGGAGGAGCAGCCGGUGGGGCUGCCGGCACCUGGGAACCUGAAACUUGUUUUCGCAGUGGUGUCAGUCUUGAUGAUGGUCCUGCUCAUGUUCUCACUGGGGUGCUCUGUGGAUAUCGGGAAGCUGUGGCUGCACAUCAAGAGACCCUGGGGCAUUGCUGUGGGACUGCUCUGCCAGUUUGGGCUCAUGCCUCUUACAGCUUAUCUUCUGGCUACCAGCUUCUCUCUGAAGCCUGUGCAAGCUAUUGCUGUUCUCAUCAUGGGCUGCUGCCCAGGUGGAACCAUCUCUAACAUCUUCACCUUCUGGGUUGAAGGAGAUAUGGAUCUCAGCAUCAGUAUGACAGCCUGCUCCACAGUGGCUGCCCUGGGAAUGAUGCCACUCUGCCUCUAUCUCUACACCUUGUCCUGGAAUCUUGAGCAGAAUUUCACCAUUCCAUAUCGGACCAUAGGAAUUUCCAUUUUGUGUCUGACCAUUCCUGUGGCCUUUGGUGUCUAUGUGAAUUAUAGGUGGACAAAACAAUCCAAAAUCAUCCUCAAGACUGGGGCCAUCGCUGGUGGGGUACUCCUUUUGGCGGUUGUAGUUGCUGGUUUGGUGCUGGCGAAAGACUCUUGGAAUCCAGACACCACCCUGCUGACCAUCAGUUUCAUCUUCCCUUCGAUUGGCUAUGUUGCGGGCUUUCUGCUGGCACUUCUCACCCACCACACUUGGCCGAGGUGCAGGACAAUUUCCUUAGAAACUGGAGCUCAGAAUAUUCAGAUGUGCAUCGCCAUGCUCCAGUUGUCUUUCACCGCUGAGCAGAUGGUCCAGAUGAUUAGCUUCCCCUUGGCCUAUGGACUCUUCCAGAUGGUGGAUGGAAUUCUCAUUGUUGCAGCAUAUCAGAUAUACAAGAGGAGAUUGAAGAAUAAACACAGGAAAAGGAAUCCACAUGGUGCAGAAGGCUGCCAUAACAAGAAAUCCACCUCUCCCAAAGAGGCCAGUGCUUUCUUGGAGGUGAAUGAAGAAGAUGCAGUAACUCCUGGGUCACCAGAGCCUAUGGAUUCCCACAUGACUCUCGAAUCAACAGGCCACAUCUCUUCAUGUGCAUAGUAGGGGCUUGCUGCCUGACUGGAUGUUGACUUCCUCCACAACUAGUAAAGAGAGUGCAGAGCUGAUGCAUGGGUCUCAUUGGCAGAUCCUGUGGGAAUAAUGAUAUUUUUUGUGUGGCUUGUAAUCAUCAGGAUACACUUUUGAGAAGGUACUCUGCCUAUUUCAGGGAGUCCUUCUGUGGUUUACACAACAUAUUUACCAGCUGCUGUGUCUUUGUCUUCCCGUGCAGUGAAGAGUGAUACUCGUUGUGUGAUGUCAUCCUCAGGUGGACUUCAAAUCUCACAAGGGUAGCGACUCUGCAUAGAGCAUCUCAUACUUCAGGGCAAGGACAGAGUCUGAACCCAUUUGGCUUUGGGAAGGUCCUUUGGAACAUUGGCGAGGAAGCCUACAACCCUUAUUAAAAAUGGGGCCUUUUCCAUAGUGAUUCAAGUCUUUUUGGAUCAUAGGUGUAAUUUAAAGGCAAUUUAACAAACACUGAGGUUAAAAGGUGAAUGUACCAUAUCUUCACUCCCCAGUGAUAGGCACAUGUAUAGCCUCCUGAUUUUUGUUUACACAUUGUAUAACUUUAAAAAUAUUGGGAUCAUCCCACUUACACUGUU